AUGUCCAGCUCCGACGAAGAAGACAACAAGUCAUGGAAUCCUGCCACCGAAACGCAUCCCAGCAUCGACCUCCCCCUAGCCUUCAAAAUCUACUGUGCCAAAUCCCGCCUCACCCACUCGGAGUUCUACAUCGCACACGAGAAGAACAAAAGACUACACGCCAUCUCCGGCGGCUACAAAGGCUGGCUCAAAUCCACCGUCGGACUCCACCAAGGUCCCAGCAUCGACACCCCAACUCUAGCCAACGCCAUCAUCAAGCACAAAACAAUCGAAGUCACCCUCCCGACUGGCACCACGCCCCGAGGUCGCGAGUCUGGACGGUCGCGGUAA